ACCUCUGAACCCGGCUCCCGAGUCACUGGGCCCGGAAGCGCAGCUCUGAGUGCGCACGCGCACUAGAUCCUGGCUGCGCCGUGGUAGCCUACGCUCUCCGCCGUACCGCAGCGCCCUGCAGCGGAGCCGGGGAGCCACUCGGCCUGCCUGCCACGCCACUGCGGGGCUGCGGCCUCGGGCCGCCGGGGCGGGGAACGUUGCUCCUCCCAGAGCAGGCUUGGCCCGCCCCGCCUCACGCGGCCUAUACGGUGAGCCCAGUGAAGACUGAGCCGAGCACCCCGCCUCGGGGUGGGCGGCCUGGACGCUGUCCAGGGUGUUUGCAGCCUGAAAGCACAGUGGUUCACCUUGAUCCCGCCCCCGUCCCCGAGCACCCCAGCAGUCGCAGGGCCCCGCUCCGCACUUGGCGCAUCUGGUGUGGUGUGCUCAGGAAUGUGCUCGUGACCCCGGAACCAUGCCGUCCCUCUGCCUGCGCCUCCUCCAGGCCACAAGCACACGUUCCUCUGCAGCCCAGUGCUGGCGGGUGAUAACCGAGCGGAGGCUUUCGGGCUCGGUGCCAGCACCUCGAGCGCCCCGGCGGGUGGUCAUCACCGGCCUCGGGCUGGUGACGCCCCUGGGGGUGGGCGCGCAGCUGGUGUGGGACCGGCUCCUCCGGGGAGAAAGUGGCAUCGCCUCGCUGGUCGGCGAUGACUACAGGAGCGUGCCCUGCAGAGUCGCCGCGCACGUGCCCCGGGGCGCGGACGAGGGCCAGUUCCACGAGCAGCACUUCGUGUCCAGGUCCGACACCAAGGCCAUGUCGUCCCCCACCGUGCUGGCCCUCGCGGCAGCAGAGUUAGCCCUGGAGGACGCGGGCUGGCACCCGGAGGCCGAAGCAGACCGGGCGGCCACGGGCGUUGCUAUUGGCAUGGGCAUGGUUCCUCUCGAGGUGGUUUGCGACACGGCCUCGACGUUCCAGACCAGAGGCUACGGCAAAGUCAGCCCCUUCUUUGUGCCCAAGAUCCUGAUCAACAUGGCCGCGGGCCAGGUCAGCAUUCGCCACGGACUCAAGGGCCCCAACCACGCGGUGUCCACUGCCUGCACUUCAGGGGCGCACGCCGUGGGAGACUCGUUCCGGUUCGUGGCUCACGGCGACGCUGACGUGAUGGUGGCCGGAGGCACCGACUCCUGCAUCAGCCCGUUGUCCCUCGCAGGCUUCUGCAGGGCCCGGGCGCUGAGCACGAACGCGGACCCCAGGGUGGCCUGCAGACCCUUCCACCCCGACAGGGAUGGCUUUGUCAUGGGGGAGGGCGCGGCGGUGCUGGUGCUGGAGGAGCGCGAGCACGCGGUGCGGAGAGGAGCGCGCGUCUAUGCAGAAGUCCUGGGCUAUGGACUGUCUGGGGAUGCUGGGCACAUAACUGCCCCGGAUCCCGAAGGAGAGGGUGCCCUCAGGUACAGUCUGGGCUUUGUUCAAGAUGUUUUUUCAUGGAAGACACCAUUGGCGUCUCCACCUAAAGACGACUGCAUUAUCAGAGAAUUCAAUCUCAAUUAUGUUCCACUGGAGGCACAGGAAUGGGAAACUGAGGGUCGAUGUAUUGGACUCACCAAUUCCUUUGGGUUUGGUGGUACUAAUGCAACACUUUGUAUUGCUGACUGUAGGUUCUUUGCUGGAGAGGGGCUGCCAGAAUUCAAUCUCAAUUAUGUUCCACUGGAGGCACAGGAAUGGGAAACUGAGGGUCGAUGUAUUGGACUCACCAAUUCCUUUGGGUUUGGUGGUACUAAUGCAACACUUUGUAUUGCUGACUGUAGGGCAAGUCGUUUGUAGUUAAACAUUGACUUGGGUGUCA